ACGCGACUCAGAAGUCUUCUUUCUUUCUUCCAGGCUCCUCAAAUCAGCACAAGGAGAGAGAGAGAGAGAGAGAGAUCAUCAGCCAUGGCGGUUCCGAAGCGCCUUCUGGAGCCGAGACGCUGGCUGACCUUCUCUUCAGUUCUCCGGAGCUCCUGCUCCUCCUCUUCUUCCUAUUCUUCCAAUUCCGGAACCGACAUCGCACCGCCGACCUCUUCUUUGCACCGCCAUAGCUAUAACGACUCGUCUUUUCCUCUCCACAGGAAAGUGCAGUGGGUGUUCCUGGGGUGUCCCGGAGUCGGCAAGGGCACCUACGCCGGCCGCCUCUCCAGCCUCCUCGGCGUCCCCCACAUCUCCACCGGCGAUCUCGUCCGCCACGAGCUCUCCUCUCACGGUCCGCUUGCCUCCCAGCUUGAAGAGAUUGUUAACCAAGGGAAAUUGGUUUCAGAUGAAAUUAUAAUAAAUUUAUUGUCCAAGCGCCUUGAAGCUGGAGAAGCUAAGGGUGAAUCAGGAUUUAUUCUUGAUGGUUUUCCUCGAACUAUAAGACAGGCGGAAAUUUUAGAGGGUGUCACAGACAUUGACUUGGUAAUUAAUUUAAAGCUUCGGGAGGAAGCAUUGCUUGCAAAGUGCCUUGGGAGAAGGAUUUGCAGUGAGUGUGGGGGGAACUAUAAUGUUGCCUCCAUUGACAUCAAGAGUGAGGAUGGAAACCCUGGAAUGUACAUGGCACCACUUCUUCCUCCACCUCAUUGUGCAUCAAAACUUAUCACACGGUCUGAUGACACUGAAGCAGUUGUAAAGGAACGACUCCGUGUUUACAAUGAAAUGAGUCGACCUGUAGAGGAAUUCUACCGCAGCCGUGGCAAGUUGUUGGAAUUUGAUCUUCCAGGGGGAAUCCCCGAAUCCUGGCCUAAACUGCUACAAGCUCUGAAUCUGGAUAAUCACAACGAGACCAAGUCUGCUGCGGCAUAGGUCCUUGUUUGUUGUAUCAAAUCCCCCAAGGGAGCCUCAUGAUGCUCACUAGAAAGGAGGACAAUGGUGUAGAGGCAAAUGAUGAACAACACACUACCAUUUGGUGACAGAAAGGAAGGAGGGAGAGGAAAAAGUACGUAGUGGAUGGUAAAAUGGUGGUGAGGGUUCCAAUAGUUGCCAUAUUAGAUGAUCAUGUAGUGGUGGUUGAUAGGGAAGGCAAGGAUGGGGGAGAUGUUCCUAAUGGAGGAAAAACGAGGAAAUAUAAUGCAUUUGGAUGUAAUUGUAAAAUUGAUCUGAAGUUUACUUUGUUAAAUGUUAGGGAGGGUAAGUAUGGAAUUUGUAAUUUUCUAGACAAUUGAAUUGUCUAAAAUUAAAUUUCAAGAAAAAUAUCAAUUGAAUUGCUGAAAACCUUAUCUUGAACGAAGAUGAAGAUGAACCCUUGAAGCUCAUCCUCGACGGAGAUGGCGAUGAACAAGGGGAAGAUCUGACGUCAAUUUCAGGAGAAAGUUGAGGUUAAAGGAGCAUCGGGAUUGACGAGAGAGUGAGUGAAUUGCCUAAAAAAUGAAUUCUCUCCUCUUUUUUGAGAAUUUCUUUUCUAACAAAAGUAAGAAAAAGUUAUCACGUGAUUAAAAGUUAGAAUUUGUAUUAUCUAAAAAAUAUUGUCCAUCAAACACUUUAAAAAUUAGAACUCGGAUGAAAAAUAGUCACUUUUCAUGAUAUGAUUAAUUAAACAGGUGAUUAGAGUUUAUAUAUUGAAAAAAAAAUAAGGAAAUGGGAGUAUGGCUUCAGCAUUGGUUGCCGCUUAUUGUGCGACGUUAAUCGUAUGAUAGAGAUAUGAUGGAGAUGAAAGAGGAAAAAAGAGAGAUGAGAUAAAAUUCUUAGUUAAAAUAAUAAUUUUAGGAUAAUGCUUUUGGCCCGAGAAGUUGAGUCGACUUUUUAGG